CAUAAAGGUCAACACUUUGAAAGCUGAAACAAUACCUCUGCUCUACUACAUCAAUGGCGUCUCAUUUGUACACGAAUCCACCUCAAAACCUUCACUUUCUAGCUUCUUCUUCUUCCUUUAAACCUCACUUGUACCUCUCUAUCAAACACAUAAAACUACAAACCCAACAAUCCUCAGCAUCUUCCGUCCACGUCCGUUGCGCAACGCAGAGCUCCGAGAGAUGGUCUCUACAAGGGAAGUCUGCUCUUGUCACCGGCGGGACUCGUGGAAUUGGGCGUGCGAUUGUUGAGGAACUGGCUGGUCUUGGAGCAAAGGUUCACACUUGCGCUCGGAAUGAGAGUGAGCUAGAGAAUUGUUUGAGAGAUUGGAACAGUUCUGGUUUACGAAUUGCUGGCUCGGUCUGUGAUGUCUCUGAUCGAGGUCAGCGAGAGGCUUUAAUGGAGACUGUGUCAUCUGUCUUUGACGGGAAGCUUCAUAUCCUCGUUAACAAUGUUGGGACAAACAUUAGAAAACCAAUGGUGGAGUUUACAGCUGGAGAAUUUUCGACUCUCAUGUCGACGAAUUUUGAGUCGGUUUUUAAUUUAUGUCAACUUGCUUAUCCGUUGCUUAGAGCAUCUGAGGCUGGAAGUGCUGUUUCCAUUUCCUCUGUUUCUGGAUUUGUCUCGCUCAAGAAUAUGUCGGUGCAAUCUGCAACCAAAGGAGCAAUUAAUCAACUUACGAGAAGCUUGGCUUGUGAGUGGGCCAAGGACAAUAUAAGGGUCAAUGCUGUUGCCCCGUGGUAUAUCAAAACAUCUAUGGUGGAGCAAGUCCUUAGUAACAAAGACUACCUUGAAGAAGUCUACUCAAUAACUCCUCUUGGUCGGCUUGGUGAACCAAGAGAGGUGUCUUCUGCAGUUGCUUUUUUAUGCCUACCUGCAUCAUCAUAUAUUACAGGGCAGAUUAUUUGUGUUGAUGGAGGAAUGUCAAUAAAUGGUUUUUCCCCACAACAUGCCUAGGCCACUCUGUCGUUUUAUAGUUUCCUUGGGAUCCUUACUUUGAUCUUUAGUAUAUCUUGUUUCUCCUUAAAGAAAAUUCCUCAUAUGAGACUUAACAGCUUUCUGCCUUCUGCUUUACUGAUGGCAGGAUUAAGUUUCCGGUAUCUAUUAGUUAUUAUUUUGAUGUUGAUGUGGUGGAAAGCUGUUUGGAACUUUUCAUGUUAUUACUUUUAUGAUAAAAGAAACGUAUGUUUUGUCCAAGAGUGUUGUUCAGUUGCUUGUAUUCUGUGUCAUCCUU